AUGCAAUUCAAAAACAUCAUCGUUGCCGUUACUGCUGCUGUCUCCGUUGUCUCCGCUGCCAACAACUCCAGUUCUAGUGCUGGUUCUGGUGCUAAUGCCGUCCAAUUAGGUGUUGCUGGUACUGUCGGUGCCGUUGCUGCCGGUGCCGUUGCUUUAUUGAUCUAA